AUGUCAUUGCCCACUAAAACGCUAGAGUGUGACUGCCGUCGUUGUCAUAAAUGCGGCAAAUGUCGGAAUCAUGGUGCUCGUGUUGGUGCUCGCAAGGGUGCUGCAGCCGGUGUUUUGAGUAUAGGCGCCUUUGCUGGUGUCUCUGUUUUGCUUGUAGCCUUUUUGGGUCCGUUCGGUGCUACUGGUCUUAUUGUUGCUGUUGGUUGUGCUGCUCUUAGCACUGUUGGUGGCGCUGCUGUCGGUGCUGGUGCAGGUGCUCUUUUCGGUUCUGUUGGAGCCAAAUUUUGUGAAGCUGGUAUAUGCAAAUGUCGUGGCAAACGUAAAAGAAUACUAUAGUUUUUUUUCAGCUUUACUUGUUUCAGGGAUCUGUUUUAUUAUAUAAUUUGUAUAUAUUUAAAAAUAAAGGGUAAUCGGAUUUAUAGUUUCUUGGUUUUCUCGCAGGAAAAAUCUACUAAUCCGAUCAAAAUCUGGAUUUCGUUUUACAAAUGAUGAUAUGUUUUGAUCUUUCAUGAUUCCGUCUACCACUCACUCCCACAACCACAUACAACCAUAAUGAUUCUCUAUCAUAAUAUAAUUUUAAUACAUUUUCAGCGUAUUUUCAUUCUUUCUGGAUUAUGUUCAUAUUUCAAAUUGUUUUCAUAAAAGAAAAGUGCGACAUGAAAAAGCGUUUGAAUUGGAUAUAUCUUUUUCUAACCAUAAACAAUUUUGUACUAAUUCUCCAUUGAUAUUUAUAUAUAAACAUUCAAAUAGCCAUCGACAAUAUAACCAUGAUACAUAAUUAAUAAAAUGUUCAUCAGCUGUUCGAUCACAUAUUUCUUAUUCUUCAUUAAUUGAUAUUUUAUGAAUAUUUUCUUGUUUCUGUAUUCAACGUUCAGAACAGAAUAAUUCUUCACUUUUAGGUUUUAAAUUAGGGUGUGGGUGUGAGUCUUCUCUUCUUCUAUAUCUACACUCUAACCAAAAUUUUCACCGAUCAUCGUAAGUAUCUGAGGCUUCUAAAAGAUUCAUCUAUAUACAUAUUCACACCCAUAUCAUUUUUUUCUUCUAUACAGACAAUGAACAGAAAUGUAUUAACAUAUUAUGAUGCAUGAUGUGAAAGUUUUGCAUUGAAACUUGCUUUUGAGAUAGCAUUGUAGCGGAAUAUCAUAUAUUUUUAAUCUGUUGUUUUUGUUAGGCAGAGCAGUGUCUAGCAUUAAAAUAUUUCAAAGCAUUUGAUUGAAAAAUUUUCUUGAAGGUUUCAAAAUUACUUUCCAACUUUGAUCGCAAUUUUUCCAUCCGAAUAUAUUUGUUUGACCUUUUUCAUAAGUUACUUUCUAUAUCGAGCGAUAUAUAAAUGUACAGGUGCUCAUUACAAUGGAGUGGACAGCAAAAGUUUGAUUAGAAAACUCAUUUUAAUGUUUGCAACACGAAAACAAAUUCUCAUUUGAAUAUUCCACUGAGAAUCAGUACUCUAUAUCAAAUAAUAUUGUUAGGAAGAGGACAUAAUAAGGGAUAUGUUCUUAUCAGGCAGCUUUUUUGACGACUUUAGCUAUUCACGCUCAAGCACUUUGUGAAGAACAUAUCAAUAAGAUGUGGCAAAAAGCUGAAGACAUUGGAAUGUCUUAUGGCUUUGACACGUUGUAUCCUGGCUUAAGAGAGCCUCUUUCUCGUUUCCGCAAUUCAUGUGACUCUGAUUUAGUGAUACAAUUAUGACAACAGCAAAAUCGAUUUUUUCCUCCAAUUACACCAUAGAAUGUAUCCAUGUUUUGUUUUUCCAUCUGUUGCAACACAGAUGAGUCUUAAUUUAACGGUAGUUGCAUAACAGCUACAUGAGGGUGUGGGUGUGGAUGUGGGUGUGGGUGGGUGUGGGUGUGGGUGUGGGUGUGGGUGUAGGCGUGGGUGUGGGGGGUGUAGGUGUGGGUGUAGGUGUGUGUGGGUCUGGGUGUGAAUCUCAGUGUGGG